AUUGACAGCCGAAGCGCAACUUUUCCCCAGGCAAAGUGAAAUCAAGCCGCGGACUCGGACAAAAUAUAGUUCCCGUUUUUCAACUUAAAAUUAUCGAAAGAAAAGCUAACCCGCUUCCCCGUCGGACCCCUCGACGUUCGGCCGUAAUCUUGAGAGGACCCGUCCGGGGCAUGAGCUCUUUGUGCCGGGUUUGGAGCACUUUUGAAGACGGGCGGAAAGUGGGUGAUGAGUCCUAGCCUGUAAAAGAAGCGAGAACUUGCUGUGCAGCCUGAGUAGUUCUUCUUUCAAUUGUUAUUGUCGCUUUAAAAAAUCUUUAAUUCACUUAAACUUCGUCUCGGCCGCGUCGAAAGUGGGAGAAAAGUGCUUUUCUGGUCGGAACAUGGAACUACAAGGCCUACAAGAGGCGUUGAAAGUAGAAAUCCAAUGUCAUCAGGAUGGAGAGCUUAAGAGACAGCUGCACGACAGGCAAACAAGAAUAACAACCCUAAGCGAUAAACAAAAUCAGACGCUGUGCAAAGGCCUCAAUGAACUUCAGAAAGGACAGAAGCUGGCAGUCAGAAGUUGUCCUGUAGGGACGACGAAGCCGCUGUCUCUCAUCAAGCCUCCCAGCCAGGGCAUCGCCAUCUCCGUGGUACCGGCCAAGGCUCCCGUUUCCAUGGUGACCGCACACAUUAACGGACAGAAGGCGGCGAGCUCAGAGCCGCUGCAGACGUCCCCCAUCAACCUGCAGACGGGCGGCAGGGCGGCGGCAGCGGCCGGAGUCCACCCCUUCAGCAGCAGGAGAGCCGGAGAGCCGCCUCCCUCUCAGAUGCUGGGAACUCUCACUGCUGUGCCCAUCAAGGUGCCUCAAGUCAGCUCCCUGCACCGGCUGGCAGGACAAGCAGCCACUGUGCUACCUCAGGUCAGGCCAAAGACCCAGAUCCCCGACAGCCUCCCCCACAGUCCGUGUCAGGAGCUGCAGCCUCUCAGCCUGCAGAAGGCCACAGCGGUGGUCAGUCCUAAGAGCCAGGGCCCCACCCUGCCCACCGCCAACAGCACCUUCAGCCCCGACCACCAGCCUAACGGCCAGAGCGACGCCCCGCCGCACGGCCCCUCUGCAGGCGCGGACUGCAGCAGCCCCGUGCAGCACGCCUCCGCGGGCCCCGGCGUGGCAUACGCUAUCAUCGCCGCCUCCCCGGCCACCGGCAACGGGGUGUCCGCCGUCAGCGAGGCCGUCAAGGUGCAGCCACUGCUCUUCAGUGCUGAUAACAAGGUGAUAAUAAUCCAGCCGCAGGCCCCCAGCAGCACCGAGGACUCCCCGGGGGCCCAGGCUGACCUCCCCUCACAGGAGGCCCCGCCGGCCCCGACGUCCCCCUCCCAGAAGAAGGACGAGGACCCCGAGAAAAUCGCCUUCAUGGUCGCCCUCGGCCUCGUCACCACAGAACACCUGGAAGAAAUCCAGACAAAGAGACAGGAGAGGAAGAGACGAAGCACAGCCAACCCGGCCUACAGCGGCCUGUUCGAGCCGGAGCGUAAACGUCUGGCGUCACAUUACCUGAACAGUUCGCUCUUCCUGUCAGCACGAGACUCUGAGGAUUUCUGCUGGAAGGAGGACUUGGAGCAUGACGACCACUGUGCCAUCUGUAAGGAGGACGGCGAGCUGCAGCCCUGCCAAAACUGCCCCAGAGCCUUCCACCCCAACUGCCUCCACCCACCGCUCAAAACCCCACCCAGAGGACCCUGGUACUGCCCCAAGUGCCAGAAGAAGGUCCUGAACAAAGAGAACAUGUCGUGGCCUCAGAACUUUGUUCAGUCCUACGUUACACACAAGACAGUGAGGCAGGAGGAGAAGCGACGGCUGCUGAGGCGAAACAGCGAGCUGAAGAACGAGUGCGCUCACCUGGAGGAACAGGACAAGGAGCUCAACAACACACUCAAACAAUGUAUGGACCUGAGAGAGAGGCUGUUGGGGCAGCAGAGAGACACUCAGGCUUCGCUCGAACGCCUCAAAGCUCUCAUCAGGCUGAUUCAACGCGACCAGCUCAUCCAGGUCACCAUGACCGCCUCCCUGCACUCCCAGCCCUGGAUCAAACCCACCAGCACCGCCGCCCCGGGCCCCUCGGCCACGCCCCUGCAGAAGAGCCACGCCCACAGCCAGGACGACGCCAACAACUAGCCCCGCCCCCUCCGCGGCGCUCGAGGGCAGCCAUGAUUUGUUUUUGUCUGAAUAAUAUCUGAGCGCGUUUCCUCCGAGUCGGGGAAACGAGAGCCUCCACUCGAUUCAAGUAUUUUUUAAAACCCAACACCUACAGUGCUUACGAGAUUUCUUUGUUUAUUUUCUAUUUAUUCAUGUUCUUGGCCUUAAUGUAUUUAUGACGAAGCGUUAGAGGACAGCGCAGCCGCAGCCGCAGCCGCAGCCGCAGCCGUCCACAACAUAUUUCCCUUUUUUAAACACAGGUCUAACUAUCGUCCUGCAUACCGUGAGAGCGAGCAGUAGAGGUAGUCGUAGUGAAGCGAGGCGACGGGACUGUACAGCGAAUUAUCUGACUAGAUGUUUGUUCUCAUUCUCCUAUGAACAAUGUUUUUGCCAUAAUAAUUCAGGAAGAUGUUUUCAUCGUGUAUGUAAACGCAUACGAGCCUUCAAACAAAAACAGAGAAUAACUUUUUUCAGUAUUAAUAGAGUUAAAGUCAAAGAAAAAAGUAUUUAAGAUUAAACUACAGAAAUUAGC